GGAGGGAGUGCAAGUGUUGAACUGUCGGGGAUUGUGGGGUGAAAGAGAGCCGACAUGGAGAAGAUUUGCGUAGCAGUUCGAGUUAGACCUGCGGUGAGCCAAGAAGUCCCGAAUGGGACGUUUUGGAAGGUGGAAGACAAUCGGAUCUCAUUGCAUAGGCCUCUUGGUACCCCUGUCUCUGGUGCUUCUUAUGCUUUCGAUCAUGUCUUCGAUGAAAACUGUACCAAUGUCAAGGUCUAUGAUCUUCUUGCCAAGGACAUCAUUCGAAGUGCAGUCGAGGGAUUUAAUGGAACUGCCUUUGCGUAUGGACAGACCAGUAGUGGCAAGACUUUUACCAUGAAUGGUUCUGAAAAUGAUCCGGGAAUCAUUCACCUAGCUGUUAAGGAUAUAUUCCGAAACAUUCAGAUGCAAACUGACAGGGAGUUUUUGGUUCGAGUUUCCUACAUGGAAAUUUACAAUGAAGAAAUCAAUGAUCUUUUUGCCCCAGAGAAUCAGAAGCUUCAAAUUCAUGAGAGUCUGGAGCGGGGAAUCUUUGUUUCAGGCCUGAGAGAGGAAAUUGUGAACAAUGCUGAACAAUUGCUUAAACUCAUUGAACUUGGACAAGCUAAUCAGCACUUUGGUGAGACAAAUAUGAAUGCUCGAAGUAGCAGAUCCCACACCAUAUUCAGGAUGGUUAUUGAAAGCAAAGGCACAGAUUCAAUUUCUUCUGGAGAUUAUUCGAGUUCAGAUGCCAUCCGUGUAUCUGUCUUGAAUUUGGUGGAUUUAGCUGGAUCUGAGCGGAUUGCAAAAACUGGAGCUGGUGGAGUGCGUUUAAAGGAAGGAAAACACAUUAACAAGAGCUUAAUGAUUCUUGGAAAUGUGAUAUACAAAUUAAGUGAUGGUGGGAAGCAAAGGGGGCAUAUUCCAUAUCGAGAUAGUAAGCUUACCCGUAUAUUGCAACCUGCUCUUGGGGGUAAUGCUAAAACAUCUAUCAUCUGUACAGUAGCUCCAGAAGAGGUUCACAUAGAGGAAACAAAGGGAACUCUUCAGUUUGCCAGUAGAGCUAAACGCAUUACAAAUUGUGCUCAAGUCAAUGAGAUCCUGACUGACGCAGCCUUAUUAAAGCGACAAAAACUAGAGAUAGAGGAACUCCGUAAGAAACUUCAGGGAUCUCGUUUGGAGGUUCUGGAGCAAGAGAUGUUGAAACUGCGUAAUGAAAUGCUCAAGUAUGAAAAAGAACGUGAAAAGCUUGCACUGGAACUCGAGGAUGAGAGGAGAUCACAUAAAGAACGAGAUAGGUGUAUCAGUGAACAACAGAUGAAAAUAGAUAAUCUUAGUAGCUUUGUUACUUGUUCAGAAAUUGCUAGUAACUCAGCUCAGAGCAGCAGCGAACAUUCUGUUCCGCAUAGUGGAUUGGACCUGGAGAACUGGGGGAAGUUUUCUAUAACACAGAGCUUCAAGGAAGAAGAAAACCACAGGAGAAUAUCUGCAGAUGCUUUUAGGACACCUUGUUUUAAAGCGACUCCUAAUGCUUUUGUUGUAAAACGUUCAAAUUAUUCAAGGUUACCUGAUUCUAGCCCAGUGCCAGAUAACUUUUGUGAUGUUGCUGAUGAAGACAUGUGGUUGAAACUGAACCAAGGCUUUACUACUGACCUUGAUUCACUCCAGAUUACUCCUAGCAGGAAACCACAGUCUUUGCCAUCAAGUGCUGUAUCUCCUGGUUAUUCCAUUGAUUAUUACAAAGAGGAAGUUCAGAACUUGAAGAGAAAAUUGAAACAUGCUAUUGAUGAAAAGAAUGAACUUGAGAGAAAUCAUGCUAAACAACUACUUGUGAAUGAUCAACUGAUGAGGGAGAUGUCUGAACUUCAGCAAGAAUCAUUAUUAAUUCAAGAAAUCCCACAGAAAAUGUGUGAGUCUGUAGCAAACUGCAGGGAUAUUUAUAAAGAUGUUUUAUCGAUCAUGCAGAGUUUUGUAGCUGAUGAAAAAUCAAUGGCUGCGGAAUUACUUUCAAGCACAAGAGAAAUUGGUAUAACCCUUUUCUCCACUUUAGAAACCCAUUUUGGAAUGGCUACUGGAGGUUAUGAGGUUGCAACAGGGGAGAGUUCUCUAACUCGAGAGCAGCAAAAAGUGCUUCUUGAGUGUUUAAGUAACACAAUUACAAAUUUGGCAUCUUCGGAAACACCAAAUGUUGAGCAUAAGUAUUGGGGGACUGCAGCAUGCAUCAGUAAAUAUGAGGUAGCUGCCUCGUUACAAUUAUUGAAAUGUCAUUCUUCGUUUCUUAUAUUUUUCAUCGUAAUAUUGGCAAUUUUUGUUUAUUUUCUGGGUCUGAUGUUUCUGUAGCUACAUUGUCUGUCUAAAUAAUUCCUUGGGUGUGGUAUUGGCUGUUCAUUGUUCAAAUAAUCUCUUAUCUCAUUUUUUUAGAAAGAUGAAUUGUUCAAUAAUCCAUGUAAAUGUCGACCAAAUUGGAAAUUCAACAAUGGUGAUGUCCUGUAUAUGAAUCUUUUUUUUAAAGGCUCCUGUGUAAAUAACUUGCUGAGACAUCUCAAUUUGUAUCAUGUGAAGCGUUAUUGUUU